AUGGCUGCCUCAACUCGCAUCCCCCCUAUUGCCCUGCCGUUCGUCAGCGAACAGGCCAAGCGAACCCUCGACCUGGUUGAGGAAUUCGUCGAAAAGGACUGCAUCCCCGCCGACACCGUCUUCCAGGCCCAGCUCGGCGAAGGCGAGAAGCGAUGGAACACCACCCCCGCCGUCUUGGAGGGUCUGAAGGCGAAGGCCAAGAAGCUCGGUCUCUGGAACAUGUUCCUCGCCAAAGGCCACUACGCCGAGGGCGCCGGAUUCUCAAACCUGGAGUAUGGCUUGAUGGCUGAGUUGCUCGGAAAGAGCAAGAUUGCCUCGGAGGUUACUAACAACGCUGCCCCUGAUACCGGCAACAUGGAGGUGCUCGCCAAGUACGGCAACGACGCACAGAAGAAGCAAUGGCUCGAGCCUCUCCUGGAUGGCACAAUCCGCUCUGCAUUCCUCAUGACCGAGCCGGACGUCGCCUCCAGCGAUGCCACCAACAUCGAGCUGGACAUCCGCCGCGAAGGCAACGAAUACGUCCUGAAUGGCUCUAAAUGGUGGUCCUCCGGCGCCGGCGACCCCCGCUGCAAGAUCUACUUCGUAAUGGGCAAGACCGACGCCAAAAACCCCAACACCUACAAGCAGCAAUCCGUCAUCCUCGUCCCAGCCGGCCUCCCAGGCAUCACCAUCCACCGCAUGCUAACCGUCUACGGGUACGACGACGCCCCCCACGGCCACGGCCACAUCACAUUCAAGGACGUGCGCGUCCCCGCCUCGAACAUGGUCCUCGGCGAAGGCCGCGGCUUCGAGAUCAUCCAAGGCCGUCUCGGACCGGGCCGCAUCCACCACGCCAUGCGCGCCAUCGGCGCCGCCGAGCGCGCCAUCGAAUGGCUCAUCGCCCGCGUCAACGACGAGCGCAAGAAGACCUUCGGCCAGCCUCUUGCUGCGCACGGCGUGAUCCUCGAGUGGAUCGCCAAGUCGCGCAUUGAAGUCGACGCUGCCCGGCUCGUCGUCUUGAAUGCCGCUAUCAAGAUCGACCAGGGCGGUGCGAAGGACGCGCUGAAGGAGAUUGCUGAGGCGAAGGUCCUCGUGCCCCAGACUGCAUUGGCGAUUAUUGAUCGUGCCGUCCAGGCGUACGGCGCUGCGGGUGUUUGCCAGGAUACGCCGCUUGCGUAUCUGUGGGCGGGUAUUCGGACGCUGCGCAUUGCUGAUGGACCUGACGAGGUGCAUUUGCAGCAGCUUGGUAAGCGUGAGAAUAAGUCUCGCAAGGAUGAGAUUGUUGCUAGGUUGAAUUGGCAGCAGCAGGAGGCGGAUCGGUUGCUUAUUGCUUCUGGGUACAAGCCUAAGAGUCAUCUGUGA